CCUUACUUUGUCUUACUUUAUUUCUAAAGAGAUGGCCAUAAAGUGAUUUUUUUGUACAUUUACUUAUCAGGCAUUUACCAUUCACAGCCAUUUCCUGCAGCCAUGUGGAAAACGACAAGAAGGAUUUCACUGUCUGGUAGAUUAUGUUGCUGUCUUAAGGACCCAUUGGAGAAUGUUGACACUUGGAGCGAAUCGGUUGACAAUGUCCUCACUUGUAAAACUGGUCAGUCAGCUUUUCGAGAAUUCUUGCAGUCAGAGCACAGUGAGGAGAACAUCCUCUUUUGGCUUGCAUGUGAGGAGUACAAACAAAUUAAGAAUGUACCAGAAAUGAUCUCUUCUGCCAACAGAAUAUACAGCGAGUUUGUCCAAACAGAAGCACCCAAACAGAUCAACAUUGAUUGUGGUACCAGGGAAAAUAUAACAAAGAACAUCUCCCAGCCCACGUUGACUUCGUUCGACUCCGCACAGAAACUCAUCUACUCUCUGAUGGCAAGAGAUUGCUACCCACGAUUCCUCAAGUCUGACGUCUAUCAAGCACUCCUGAGGAAAACGGACUGUAGGUGACUCUACAAUGCCAGCAGACUCCCCAAAAUUCAAAAUCUACUCUAGCAGGCUAGUAGCACUAAAGUGUGAUUUCACUGUGGAUAUCUGGAUUCUACCCAGCAAUGCAGUUCAACAAAUGUUGAUGUUCUCUACCUGUUUGAUUCAAUAGACACAUCUUGAGUAAGGUUUCAGCUUUUGCUUUUAUUUAUGAAUGUAAGAAAAGUAUUUGAAGAAACUUUGAGCUUUCUGCUACACAAUCAAAAGAACUGUAUAAUGUUUCCUAUUAGGGGAGACCGGGGCAAGUUGUCACACGGGUAAGUUGUUGCAAAGCAAUUACAGUAUCUUCUCUUCAAGAGGCCCGACUAAAGAGUGGAAUAUAUAGUUUUCUUUGCAUAGUCAGGUCUCAAUGAAACGUGUAAGAAGAAAAUAAUGCACUGUAGAUUGAAAUUACCACAAUUAACCUUUUCAAAGUUCCAAGGUAAACCAUAUUAACUCCACUUUUUUUUUUAAUAUGGUUUGAUCAGAUGAAAAUCUUAGCAGUUAUACAUGUGG